AUGCUCGCAUGCGCCGUACCGAGGCUCGAUGCUGACCCUUCCCCUUCGCUGGGUGGCCCACCACCGCUCGCAUCAACCUCGGCGUCCCGUUCGCGGCGCGACGAUGGCUCAACAGCAGCGGCGACGUUGACGCGUUCGAGCUACCUGCACCGCCUCGUGCAGCUCUCGCGCCGAGCAGAAGCGCCGGCCUGCUCACGGUCCUCAUCUACCCACUCGUUCGUUGCGUCCCCAGAGUCCUCGUCGACCAUCGAGCACCUGUCCUGGUCGGGCCAUCGCGUCGUGCACGCCUCGGGGUCCUCGAUCGUUCGCACGUACUCUUUCCCCCACGCCGUCGUACGACAGGCAGUAUUCGCUCAACUUCCCACCCGAGCCACAAAUCACAACAGAUCCGUCAACAGGUCGGGCGCGUCCUCAACCUCAUCCUCGUCCCCGUCCAGGACAACCGCUGCCGGACCAGAUCGACACGCAACCCUAUUCGGCCCUUUCCAACCUGCUCCUCCGAUGCCAUGGACCGACGACCCUCUACCCUUGCCCCUGCAUCCACCCGAACCCACCUCGGAGAACGAACAAGAGAAUCUGGCAACGCAACAAGUCCUCGAACGGCAUUUGCUCGUUUCCCUGUCGACCGACGAACUGUACGUUUACCCACUCGCACCGACGGGCGCCGGACCAUGGAUUGUCCCUCUCGCUUCGGCCCAACACGAAUCUUCACCACCUUCUUCGACGCAUCCCCCAUCAGGGGAGGAGCACAAGAUGUGGUCCCUACCCCGCGGCGUCUUGAUCGAAACCAAGGGAGGGUACUGGGAUACGCUCGACGAUGUCAAACACUCGAUCAAACGCAUCCAAGACCCAGAACCCACAACAACGACCCUGCGACCGCACAAGAUCGUUCAGGUUCUCGCUCUCAACACGGACGAUCGGGCGCUACUUGUCACAAUCAACACGGUCGAGUCCAAGCUCGACGUAUGGAGCUGCACCCGAUCGAACCUCGACAGACCCAAAGAAUCUUCGACAAAGGGUAAAGCGCGAGCCAAGUCCGACUUGACGGCGCGCCGCUCGAUGAUCCUUCCUGGACUAGACGAAAUAGCUCACCACGACCCUGCAGCCAAUGAUCGAGUAGGAUCGAAGCGCAAGAGGAACGGUUCGGUCGCUGCUACUGCGCCUCGGAUGAGCGUUGGCUCAUCGUCGCUGGCCGCGGGGGCUUCGACUUCCGUCAAUCGACGCAUCUCUCUCUCCGCUCCACCGACAUCUUCGUACGCCGCAGAAGCGAAUGAGGAACACCUUCUCAUGGAAGCGUUGGCUGCUUCGGGCGCUUCAGGAUCGGUCGGGAUGCGACGCAACGCGACGAGUGCAUCGUCGGCAGGGCUGGCCCACGAGAAUCGACGGACGUCCCUCACACGGAACGAACUGAGCGUGACCAUGGAUCGGAUGGCCCUCGGGCAAGGUGGAGGUUCAAGCCAAGGUCAUGUUUUAACGACCGUCGGCGCAAUCACCGGAGAUGCGGGUGAUCGCACAUGGUUCAACCCGGUACUAGGUGCCGACGUCGAAGGCUUGUUGGAGGAGCGAGAAACGAGCGAAUGGGUCGUCGAGAAGAAGUGGGGGAUGGCUUUCUCAAACAACCAUGGACCGUACGUGUUAUUCCUCGCCCUGGUAUAGGAGCUCAUAUCCUGAUGUCUGACUCUCAAUGACCACCCCCGCAGGUCCGUCUUUGACGACAUACAAGCCUUCCUGUUCGACAGCCGACGGGACAAGUCAAUGCUCGCUAUUCUGCUGCCCCAGAGCCAAACUCUACUCUACCUUUCCGUCGACGCGCAUUCAGUCGUACCGAUACGUCAAACCUCGGCCACACACGCAUGUGUCGUCUCUCACUUACGAGGCAAUGAUGUGAAAGAUCUCUUGGUCAAGCAGCCAGGUGCGCAGGGAUGGAGAAUUGCGCAUGUCCAGGGCCAUGACGAGCCCAUCACCUUCAAUGGCCGAAUCGGAGAUGGGCCCAUCCGAAAGCUCGAGGGCAAUGGCAGUGGUCACGUCUGCGUCACCACUCUGGACGGCACUCGAUCGCUCGUGGAGCUCCCUACGAAUGAACUGCUUCGCGAAGAUUUGACUAGGACAUGUUUGCAGGCGCUCAGCCUCACGUUGUCAACGGACCAGUUUGUCUCACUCGAGCGCAAGGUUCGCGUCACAUGUCGGAGAGACCGGUCAGGGGCGUGGGCAGCAUUCACCGCUGUACUGCUGCGACAGGGUGAAGUGGAAGUUUCCGAAAACCACCGGGAUGCCGCCACCGUGAUCAUCCAAGCUACGAAUGAUGCGCCCAACGACCCGGUACUCGGUGUGUUUCGCAGCUUGCAGUCGGCCACGGUCGCACCGUCGAACGCUCGUCAGAUCGCGUCACCACUUGAUGCAACCGAAAGGGACGAUCUAAAAGUAGUCGUCGCAACGCUUCAUCUCGUCGCCGAGGAUCUCAAGCUGUCGACCCUAAAGAGGGACGAUUGCAAAAGGCUCAGCCAAUUGGUGUUCUCAUUGGCUGCGUCAUUGGGUCUGGAGGAAUGGGUCGAUGUUUACCGACGGUCUUUGGGGAUCCCCUCGGAUGAGAAGGCGUACAGUACGUUCGCAGCUCGUCUCGUCCAAGACAAGCUCACCACGCUGAUCUCUUUCAUGCACACAGAUGUGGCACUUGCAGGUCAUCUCUCGCCGCUGCCUCGAUCGCCACCACGAGUAUUGGAUCAGCUUUCCAUCCUUCUGCGAGGCAGUGCCUCGUCGGAUUCGACCUUGCCACUUCGUCGGUCAUGGUGUAUGCUUGCCGGUAUUGCCGACCAAUUCGGUACCGACGGCUCCUACUUUUAUGGCGCUCUAAAGCCUCAUCCAGUCCAAACGAUCGACUCGCUAUUCCAGCUCUUUACGACCCUCGUCGAAUCCCACGACCCAAACAAGACCCCACUCUUGCGUUCUAAACCCGUCGUCGAACGUAUGGUCGAGUUGGGUAUCGAUGCCGCAGCCCUCGAUCGUCUUUCUCUUGGGGUAGGCAUGGUGUUGAGAGAAGCGGUUAGAGCUUGCCAGAGUGCUGCACCGGCUGGAAUGGGCGAGAAGGCGUACGAGCUGAUCAGGAGACCCGAUCUCGCGCGGCAAGGAAGAGGGCCGGAGCGAGAUGCGACUGACGGGCACAGGGAGGUAAGAAAGAAUCGUCGAUUAAAGGGAGGACUUGGUACAGCGGCUGAACUGAGCUUUUUGUGACUGGCCAGCUCGCGAGUUUGAGUGUUUCCACAGCGAUCGACCAAAUCGCACAGACGACAAAGGCAGGCAAGGCGACGAGUUUGUUCCUUUCGAGCCACCCAUCCGCCAACAGAGACGACCUUGCCGUCAGCACCUCGAACGCGGUCAGAUUCAACGAGGAUCGGCGUCUAGAAGAGGUCAUGCGUAUGCUGCAAUUUGUGGACCCCGUCACUAUUGGCGGAGAUCGGGCAGAACGAACCCUCGACCAGCUCACACCUCAGACGCAACAAUCGCUCCUGCUCUACCUCUCCCAUCGAACGCUCGCUCUUCCCGUUGGCUAUGCGAUGUUCACCUACCGCACCAAUUCGGGUCCGCCCACGGACGCUGUGACGAUUCCGUCCAUCAAUACGUCUGCGCGCAUCUUGCCCAUGCCUUCGCCCGUCUCACUCGUCGAAAAGGAGCCUCGCGACAGCGGAGGACCGGGUCAUGGCGAGCGUUUCGAGUGGCCAAGCUUUCAUGCCGGUGUCGCUGCGGCGUUGCAGUACCAAGCCGCUUCCACAACGAGCUCUGUUGGUCCUAUGAACGAUUUCGGUUUCGACGCCUCGCACAUCUCCUUCAACAAGCCCGCCGAACUCGAUUCGAAGCAUGCCGGAUUCUUGUUUGGGCUCGGUCUUUCGGGCCACUUGAGCAAGAUCGCGUUCAACCAAGUGUUUGAGUACCUCCGGAUGAAGCACGAUCCGACCUCGAUUGGGCUCUUGCUGGGAUUGGCCGCGACGUAUCUCGGAACUGGCGACCCCAAGGUCACGAGCCUUCUUUCGGUCCACUUGGCGGCUCUGCAUCCACCCAACUCGUCGACACUGAACGUCUCGGGUAUGACGCAAGCCGCUUCGCUACUUGGUCUAGGGUUGUUGCAUCUAGGGUCUUCGAAACGUACACUUGCGGACGUGAUGGUUAGGGAAUUGUGCGCAAUUCACGUGACGACCACCGAGGACGCUGCGGCUUGUCGAGAAGCGUACGCUUUAUCCGCAGGGUUUUCGUUCGGCCUCAUCAUGCUCGCGAGCGGUACGAACACGGAAGCCACACCGGGUGAGGUGGCACUGCUCAAGACGUUGAGGGCACUCGUUACCGGAGAAUCCCAUCGACCUCUCCCCACGCCUGCUGGGUCAACGUCCAAAGCGUACAACGUCACCGAUAUCAACGUGACCAGCUCAGCAGCGACAAUUGCACUCGCAUUCAUGUACCUCCGCACCGAGCGCCACGACGUCGCUUCCUUGCUCGAGAUACCAGACACCCCUCGUCGCCUCGAUUACGUUCGCGCUGAUCUUCUUCUCGUACGCACAUUAGCCAGAGCGAUGAUCCUCUGGAACCGUAUCCAACUCUCCAAGACGUGGGUUGAAUCCCACGUACCGAUGUUCAUCUCCCAAGCUGUCGAAACGGCGAAGCAGAAGGGCGUUGCAGCGGAUGCGGAUCUCGAGAUUGCGAGAUGGAGCAUCAUUGCCGGUGCAUGCUUUGCGAUCGGACUCAAGUUUGCAGGAACAGCGGCCGCGGAGGCCCACGGGACUUUGAUUCACUACCUGGAUCGAUUGACGAGAGCGGCUUAUACCAAAGGUGCGAGCUGAGAGCGAGCUAGCGUUAAAUGCUGUCUGAAAACCGUUUGCUGACCCGCCUUUUACCAAAAUUGCGCAGCUCCGACCGUGCAAGCCAAGAUCAGGCGCCACGCGAUCCGGUCGUGCUUGUCCAUUGUUGCGGUCGCGUUGUCGAUGGUCAUGGCAGGAACGGGGGAGAUCAACGUCUUGCGUCGCCUACGCGUCGCCCACGGUCAUUUCGGUGAGGGUGUCACGUACGGCACGCACCUUGCGUCACACAUGGCACUGGGGCUGCUGUGCGCCGGCUCCGGUCAAUAUACCCUAGGGACCUCCAACACCGCCAUUGCAGCACUUGUCAUCUCGUUCUUCCCCGCCUUCCCACCCACGCCCGGUGAAAACCGUUCUCAUCUGCAAGCCUACAGGCAUCUGUGGACCAUUGCCGUCGAACCGCGCUGCCUCGUAGCUCGGGACAUCGACACGGGCGAUUCGACUUUCUUACCCGUACGAUUACGUUUGGUCGACCCUAUGUCGACCUCGACCGCCGGUGCGCAGUCCGAAGUGCGCGCCAAACAACUGGUCGCGCCUACGUUGAUCCCCGAACUAAAACUGAUCCAGACCAUCCAAGUCGAUACACCGCGGUACUGGUCCUUUGCGCUCAAUCUGACUUCACCUUCGUCGACGCACCAACGUGAGGCUUUUUUGGCCGAUCACACUACACUUUGGGUCAAACGACGUACAGGUCACUUGUCGUAUGCUCAAGAUCCUCGAGGUGUCCGCUCAAUUUUCACGCGUUCAAAGUCCGAGACCGGAUCGGCCGUCCUUGACUUUGGUCGGACCGUACGUCUACUGUCGCCUUCUUCUGCGGGAUUACAAGAAUUUGUCAACAGCUUCUCAGACGAUGUCGAAGCCUUGGCGAUGGUUUCGUACAUCUGCGACCCUUCUUCGACGCGGUACAAGCCACCGACCGAAUUCGAAGCUUUCGCUUCAACGGUUUUGCUCGAAUGCCUCACUCGGGACAAGAAAGACCUCGUCGGGGUUUACCAUGGUCUGUUCCAUGCCCAACAACUUGCAGAAGGGUACGACAGGAUUUGGGCACAAGAACAAAUCAGUUUCAUCGUCGAUCUGUAUGGUAGUAAAGUCUUUGGGACUUGGUUCGGGGAUGGGAAAGCUCCUUCUUCGGUGAAAAGGACUACCUCAAAGACUGGCUCGACGCCCUUAGUCAAGGAGAAACUCUUUCGAUCUACUUUCAUCGACUACCUCGCUCAGCCUCCAAAGUCCGUGGUUACCCACGCCGACGAUUUCUCCUCAUCGCUCACGGAUUACGUACUUUACGGCACCUGGCCCUCGGACCCCAUUCAAGCCCAAGCGUUCUCACUUUACCUCGUGCACCACCGCGCGCCUUCUCUCUCUGUCUUGAAACAGUUGUCGCAAGUCGCACGGACGGAUCGGGAGAAUGUCGAACUGCGCUUGAUGGCGAUGGGGAAGAUAUUGGAGGAGAGAACGGGGAGGCCGAUUUGGAGUGAUGAAUUUGGCAAGAGUUUGCUGGAGGCUUGUGGCAGUAGUUGGUGA